AGCGUAGUGGUGGGACCAGGAGUGCACCCACCAGCACAGCCACUAGUGCGGUCACCAGUGCGGUUACCAGUAGUGUAACAGAGGCAGUUCCCCCCAGUAAUGAUGCGAUGGCAGCUGGGGUUACACCUGCAGAGCCCACUUCGUCAGCAGCAGCAGCAGCAGCGGCGGCGGCGGCGGCGGCAGCAGCAGGGGUGGCAGUGGUGGCAGCGGCGCCAGCAGCAGGGGGAGGGGCGGGCCCCUCUGUUCGGACUGUAGUGGCGCCCACAGCACUAAGAGUGGCACUUAGUGCCAUGUUUGCCGACUCUGAGUUCUUCCAACAGUCUCAGAUGAAUGAUGCUUCAGAGGUUCUCCCAGUCAUCUUCGACUGCCUCCACCGAGCCUUCGCCGAACCUGCCUCCGAACCUGCAGGUGGGGCAUCUGGUUCGGCAUCAGAAGGAGCUUCCAGUGUCAAAUCCACAGCUGUCAACUUUUCGACAGAUCAUUCUUUUAUUGACCCGGGCAGCAGUGCAGCCAAUCAGAAGCAGGCAGGAAGCUGGGACUGUCCAGCCUCAACAGCAGCUUGGGACCGAGCCUACCUCGCAGCUUCGGCAGACAGCUCAGGCCUGGGUGCUGGGCCUGUGCCUAACCAGACCACAGCUCCAGGGCAGAGACACGAUGUAGGCUCGGCAGCAGGCUCGGGGACAGCCUCGGGGAGUGGGGCAGCUGCUGUGUCUGCUUCUCCCCUCUCCUAUGGUGCUGUUGUUGCCAGAGGGAAGGGCGGAGCCAACACUACUGCAGCUUCUGCCGCUGCUGCAGCUGGGAAUGCUAGGAAACCCGGUGGGGGUUUAGGAUCAAGUGGUAGAUUAGGGGACAGUGUAGCAACAGGAGUAGGAGCAGGAGGAGCAGGAGGAGCAGGAGGGGAAGCAGGUGCAGGUGUGGGUGCAGCAGCAGAGGCGGCAGGGGAGGCGGCAGCGGCGGCGUGCAUAGCGCACGGGCUGUUUGGGCUGGAUGUGACUGAGAUGAUGCAGUGCUCUCGCUGCGGCCUGCAGUCCCGCCAGAUGCGCUACUCCUCCUUCUUCCACCACACCAACGCCACUGCUCUCAGAUUAUCCAAGCUGGGCAACCCUAAUUGUCGAAUGGACGAGCUAUUGGCGGGCAUGGAGCAGCAUCACCUGCUGCCGUGCGACAUGGAGGUGGGGGGAUGUGGGCACCCCAACGCCAUUCAGCACGUGCUGCGCCGCGCUCCACCCAUCUUCACCACUGUCCUGGGAUGGCAGAGCGACAGGGAGGAGGCAGAGGACAUAGGCCUCACACUGGCAGCGCUGGACGUGCACAUGGAUGUGGGCGUGGUGUAUCGGGGCCUGCGGGGGCCGCAGAGGGUGCGGGUGGUGUGUGUGGUGUGCUACUACGGGCGGCACUACCACUGCUUCUCGUUCCAUGCGGACCUGGGCAAGUGGGUCAUGUUCGACGAUACCACUGUCAAGGUGGUUGGGGGCUGGGCAGACGUGGUCAGCUCAUGCACCAGAGGCCGCCUGCAGCCGCAAGUGCUCUUCUAUGAGGCAUGCUAG